AUGAAUAAUAAAAAAAAAGUGAGUUACCAAUUUUCAAAAAUACCCAUGCUCCAAGUAGAAAGACCAAUAACGAUGGAUGUAACAAGAGAAUUAACCAAAGUAUUGGGUAUAAGAAGAGGCAAAAGAAAGAAAAUAUCUGAUUAUAUGUGUCAAUCUGCUAUUAAAUCUAGAUUGAAAUCUGCAAACGCUUUUGCUUCUCGGAAUUAUUUGCCAUUACCAGCGCGUCCUUUAACAGCCAAGGAUUUUAAAAAAGUUUCAGAACAACGAAUAGAAAACGAAAUGUCGAGGUUUCAGGAAAAGGCCAUCAGAAAGAGAAUUAAAGCAAGGGGAUUGGAAGACCGAUAUGCAGAUCUUGUGAGUCAGUUUAUUAAAGAAGUUAAACUAGAUUUUAUUAAUAUAGUACACUAUGCAGGUAUGAACAUGAAAAUUAAAGAUUGUCACCCCGAACAAAAAUUUCAAGUUGCACCAUAUAAAUUCGUCGGUAAAACAGAAAACUACAAAUAUUUUUUAAGUAUUCAGAGACAAUUAAAAACAAAAUGGAUAUUGCACUACCCGAUAGUCAGGAAAAUCAAAAAGGAAUGUGUAUUAAACCUGCCACAACAAUUUUUUAAAUUGCAUUUUACUCAAAUUCUUGAUAUUGAAGAUGUUGAAUAUGAAUUUAAAGGACUCACUCAAAAAGCUGCCCAAUAUGUAUGUUCUUCAUAUUCAAGAAUUAUUUCUUUUGUUGAUAAUGAGAAACUGAAAAGAAGUAACGAUCACGACCAAUAUCAUUCCUUGAAAACUUCAACAGGGGUCUUAACUCUCCAUAUAAGCAGUAGCAUUAGUCAAACUUUGCAGGAAAUUGUAGAAUUUACUGUAGCGAAAGAUCCAAAACCAUAUCUUUUCCUUAGUGUCACUUUUACAAAUCAACUGGUUUUGGAGCCAACUCCAGAUGAUGUUAUCAAAAUUUUUUACAAAUUUAUCGACAAUAUUUUAGCUAUUAAAAAUGAGGUCUUUGAUUUAGAAACUUUUCGACUAAAAGGCAACAAGAGAAGACCUGUUAAUCUUUAUAUAACAGACGAAUUUAUUGUGAGAUGUAAAGAAGAAAUCAAAACUAACAUUAACAAACAAUUUGAACCAAUUUUAGAAUAUCUUUCUAAUAUCAACGACAGUUUAUCCACGGUAUAUACAGAUUUAUAUUCUGAAGAAUUUUUCGAAAGUAUAAUGGAUAUGAUUUUCGAAAAUGGCUGCAGUAAAAUUAAUUUUUACAGGGAAUAUUUGGAUAAAGUUAUGUUUAUUCCAGAUUUUGAGUUCUUUAGGAUAGCAAAAGUAUCUUUUAUAGAUUAUAAAAAUAAUCUACAUGCUGGCUUGCAUAAAAACAUUAACCUUAUCUUUGAAAAACUUUCUUCGCAGCAUUUGUGGGAAGUGAAUGACUUGUGUGAGACCUUUGAAUAUAUAAAGAUGAGGGCCCAAACAAAACCGGAGACUACGGAGGAAUUAAUUGAAAUUGGAAAAUUUAUGCUCUAUGUAAGAAAUGAACAAUUCCAAACACUUGAACGUAGAGUAUGUGAUUCCUUGUCAGCAUUGUGUAAAAUAAUAGAUUUGGGCACCUUAGAAGAUGAACAUAUGCAACUGAAUGCAAAGUCCAUUCAAUGGUUAACUGACAUAAUACCCAUCAUGGAAGAACAGUCAACUACGUUUGACAGCUUAAAAUAUGAUGCCGAAGAAAAACUUCAAAAAGUUGUUGAAGAUGUUUCGGAGCUGGGGAAAAAGGUGUUUCCCCUUCUAGUUAUUUUAGACGAGAUGGACAAUAUUGAUAAAGUCAAAAAUUCUUUAAAUUUUAUCACACUACAUAUGAAAAAAAUUAGAGAAAUUGAAACUCAGAUACACUGGAUUAAUCAAGAAGAGGUAACUUUGAGUUUUCCAAAAUCUACAUAUACUGAAUAUGAAGAAUUGAAAAACUAUGUAUAUCCUUUUCACCACCUUCUAAAUGUAUGUCUUGAAGUACAACAAAACUUAUAUAGUUGGCAAGACGGUCCUUUUGAUAUGCUCGACUAUGACAGUACUAAAGUAACUGUAGAAAAAUAUCAAAAAGAAUUGUCUGAAACUUAUAAAACUUAUAGACAAAAAUUACGACAAGCCCAAGAUGAUAAUAUAAGUUUAAGAUUUAAAGGAACGGUUGACGAUCCUGAUAUACUAAACUGGCCUGCACCCUUAAAACUCUGUGGAACAGCUUUACGACGCAUCGAGGCAUUUGAACCAUCUGUUAAAGUAAUGAAGAUUGUGUGCAAUCAUUGUUUAAGAAAAAGACACUGGGAAGCAAUGUCAGAAAUCGCAGGAACAGAUGUUACACCAAAUGCAGGUACAACUCUAAGAAAAAUUAUGCAAGUAGACUUUUUUGCAAAAAUGGAAGAAUACGAAAUUGUUAGUAAUGGAGCCACCAAAGAGCAAUUAUUACUAGACCAGUUAAAAGGACUUCAACAACAGUGGGAAAAAGUUAAUUUUACUAUUGCUAAACACAAGGUAUACGAUAUUGAUAUAUUAAUUGAACUGGAAGAAGUAGAAACAAUAAUAACGGACCACAAUACGAUCGUACGUGAUAUGAAAAGUUCAGUUUUUGUUACACCACAUGAAACACAAGUCAAAGAUUUCAUAAGUAAAAUUACAAAGGUCCAGGAAACUAUAAAUAACUGGUAUAAUGUCCAAAAUAUUUUAUUGAAACUUUAUCCCAUAGUUUCUCUAAAAGAGCUCAGUCAAAUUAUACCUAAAGAGACCGAACUAUUAAAGGAGAUAAUUAACAUUUUUAAACAAUAUCUAAGUGUAAUUUUAAAAGAACCAAAUGUUAUUAAGGUUAUAGAAGAAUCAGAUAUUGCAAAAGAUAUUAUCAAUAGCAUUGAUAAUCUUGAAAUAGUUUUUGUUGGUGUAAUUGGUUAUCUGGAUAAAAUGAGAGAUAUUUUUCCGCGAUUUUAUUUUAUCUCAAAUGAAGAAUUUAUUAAAGCUAUCUCAAACUCUAAAGAGAUGUUAAUAACACAACAUUUUCUAAAUAAGUUGUUUCAAAAUAUUCAUCACCUAAAAGUGACUGACAAUACGAUAGUUGCUGUUGUUGGAAUCAACGAAGAACAAUUAAAUUUCAGAAAUAUACUUGAAGUAGAUCCUACUUUAGAAGCAACAUUUAAAAAAGUCGAAGAAGAAAUACGGUCAGUCAUAAAAUUAGAGAUUGUAGAAUGUUAUAAAGUCUAUAAAGAAUUGAAUAUUAAGUCAAUGCUUUCAAAAUAUAUUGAGCAAGUCAUAAAAGUAGCUUCGCAGUGCAUCUUACUAUGUGGAUCUUGGAUAUGUUUCGAAAAUUUCACAAACCUUCAAAUCAGCGUUAUGUCAGGACUAUCAGAAUGCCUUUUUAAUAUAGAACAAGCCAAGAAACAACAAUUAGGGAGUUGCCUUAUUGGAUCUUCGCAAAUUGCUUUCAAACAAACCAGUUUUAUAAGUAUAAGCACAACUAAUCAUUCAUGUAAAGAUUUACCGGAAAACUUUAAGCAAUACUUUAGAACUAUUACCAUGCUGCAUCCCGACAAUGACAAAAUCGCAGAAAUUGUCUUGUGUAGUAUAGGCUUCACUGAGGCCAGUAUACUAUCAAAAAAGAUUACUUGCGUUUUUAAUUAUUUGCAAGAUACUUUAUCAUCAAAAGGGAAAUAUUAUUUUGGUUUGAGCAAAUUUAUGAAAAUCUUUCGGGACAGUGAAAAUUUAAAAAUUAAACAUCCUUCUCUAAAUGAAAACGACAUUGUAUUUACUGUGUUGACUAAUGUACUAUCACGGGAAGUAUCAAGUAAAAAUAUCAAAGAGUUUCAUAGCAUUUUACACCAUAUUUUUACAGACGCAGUUAUAAUUGGUGAAAAUAAUUUACUUAGUGAAAGACUUAAAAUUAUAUGCGAAAAUUCCAAUCUUUCCUGGAGUCAACAAUUUGGUCUCAAAACUCUUGAAGUAUAUGAAUGUAUUCAAAGUAUGAGUUGUACUAUUCUUGUUGGAAAGUCUAACAACAAAACAACCAUUAUUAGACUGUGCCAAGCAUUAACACAAGACAUUGACGGUGCGAAGUUGAACCUUAAUUUCAUAGUGCCAAAUUGCUAUAACUAUCAGAUUUUAUAUGGUUAUUCUUCAAAUCCGAAUGAAUGGAUGGACGGUCUUAUUACAACGUUAUUUAGAGAUAGUAUUGCUCACAGUUUAACAGAAAAAACAUGGACCAUUUUCGACAGUGAUAUUAAUCCGGAUUGGAUUGAUAAUAUGAUGUCUGUUUUUAAAGAAAGAAAGUUGUUUUUAGAAUCUGGGGAAAUAUUAGAAAUGAGUUACAAAGAUAGAGUUAUUUUUGAAACAGACAGUUUACAAAAUGGUACUCCGUCUGUGGUAUCCCACUCGACAAUUGUUUAUAUAGAUGAACUAAUUCCAAUCUGGAAAGCAAUCGUGAAUUCCUGGGUUGCAUCGUGUACUUCAGACUGGAUUCAUGGAUUUCAACAGCAAAUUAGUGACAUAUGUUGCUGGGUAGUUCCCCCAUGUCUCGAAUUUUUCCACAAGUAUUGCCAUCAGCUUUGUCAACUCAGUGAAAUUAAUUUAGUUAAAAAUAUGUUAGCUAUCACACAACUUUUUUUAGAUGAUGUAUGCUCGGUAAACAAAAAAGAAGAUGACUUGAAGAAUCUCUCAACCUGGAUUCAAGCAACAAUUAUCCAAGCUGGAAUUAUCGGUUUAGGUGCGUUGCUAGACACGCCAUCCAGACAAAAAUUUGACGAAUUUUAUAAGCAACUCUGGAGAGGACAAAAUCAGGCACAUCCUUAUCCAAGUUCAUUUGGAAAGUUAGAAGUAAGCCUUCCUCACGACGGUCUACUUACUGAAUAUCAAUAUAUUUACAAACAAAGAGGUAAUUGGAAAGUAUAUCAAGACUUACUUAAAAGUGAAAAGAUUAUAGAAAAUUCAUAUAUGUAUGAUUUUUUGGUACCAACUGCAGACACACUCCGUUAUUCUUACAUUCUAACUCUUUAUCUUAAAAACAAACUACCAAUUUUAUUUCUUGGACCAAAUUGUACGGGUAAAAGCAUAUUAAUAGAAGACACUUUACGAAAUAAAUUUAAUGGAAAAAAUUUUGAAGUAUCUCAUAUAAAUUUCAAUACAUAUUUUGAUGCACAAACGACACAAAAGUUAAUUUUGUCUAAAACAAAUAAAAGAAAAGAGGGAAUGUAUUAUCCCCCAAAGGGAAAGAAAUAUAUUAUUUUUAUUGAUGACCUGAAUUGUGUUUCUUCUGACAAAUAUGGCAAUUUGAACUGUAUAGAAUUACUACGUCAAUAUCUGGACCAUAAUGUAUGGUACGAUUUUAGAAAUUUUUGUAAAAUAAUUUUGAAAGACGCUAACUUAGUAACGGCAAUGAGUUUGCCAGACUCCAAUUAUACACCUAAAUUAAGAUUUUUACGGCAUUUUUAUGUAUUCGGAAUAAACGAAUUUUCGGAUGAAACAGUAACAAGAAUAUUUAGCAAUACUAUGUUGCAUAUAUGGCGUCAAAACGGUUUUCCUAGUGAUAUAGGGAACAUUGUCGGUCAAAUAAUUGAUGCUACAUUCGGUAUUUACAAAAAGGUUUUGACGCAUUAUCAACCGACUCUAACUCGCAGUUACUACCAUUUUAAUUUAAAUGAGUUUUCAAGCGUGAUAAAAGGUUGUACUCUUCUGAAAAAAGAGACGUAUGAUGGAAAUAAAAAGAUAUACAUUAAGCUCUGGAUUCAUGAAAUCUUUAGAGUAUUUGGAGACAGAUUAACCAAUCUAGAAAAUAACAUUUUGGAUACUGAAAUAAAGAAAGUUCUUGAUGCACAUUUUAACGAAUCACUUGAAGAAAUAGUCGAUACAAAUGUCAACAAAAUAGUGCUUAGUACUAUAAAUGAUAAAGAUCAUUUUAAAUAUGAAGAAAUUGUUGAUUCUAAAGUGAUCAUUGACUUACUACAAGAUGAGUUAAACAAAUACAAUUCUAAUAAUAAAAGAAAACUUAACAUAGUAUUUUUUGAAUAUGCUUUAGAAAAGAUAUUUAAAAUCUCUCGGAUAUUAUCUUUAACUCCAGGCAAUGCUAUAUUUUUGGGAUCAAAUGGAUUAGGUAGGUCUAUAUUGACUAAAUUAGUCUCGUAUAUAUAUAGCUACAUAUGUUUUCAACCUACAAUUACACAAAAUUAUACUAUAGAACACUGGAAAUGUGAAUUAAAACAUGUUUUAAAAGAAACUGGCGCUAUUGAGCAUAAGAGUGUUUUUAUUGUAAACGAAAGAGAUUUAUUAGAAGAAGCGUAUCUACAGUAUAUUGAAAUGUUACUUCAAAACGGUGAUAUAUCAGAUAUAUUUAAUUUAGAAGAAAAACAGGAAAUUUUAGAACUGACACGUUUGUCUGCCCAAGGAGGAAACAGAAAUAUUGAUAUUAGUUCCUCAGAUGUUUUUCUGCACUUUAAUAAGAGCUGUAAACUUAAUUUGCAUUUAAUUUUAUGUUUUUCUGCUAACGGUAAGUCACUUAGAAGAAAGCUAAGGCAUUUUCCAAGUUUAUUAAAAUGCCAGAUAAUGUUUUGGGAUGAUUGGCCAGACGAAUCUUUGCAACAAGUAGCCGAAAUUAGAAUAAGUUCAAUCGACAUAAUUCCUGAAUACAAAAAUAAAUCACUGGACACAUUCCUUUAUUUUCACAGAGAUUUUCAACUCAUAGCGAAAACUUUAAGAACCCCACUCUACGUCUCGCCAUUAUGCUUUAUACACCUAAUUAAUAUUUUUAUAGAUAUUUACAAUAACGAGAAGAAUAUUAUAGAAAACAAAAGAAAAAGAUUUUCUCAAGGUCUAGCUAAAUUAGCUUAUGCUUCAAGCCAAAUUUUAGACAUGCAAAAGGUUUUAGCAGAAUAUAAGCCCCAACUGGCAGAAAUGACAGCUAAAGCCAUAGAAAUGACAGAACAAAUAGCACUGGAAACAAUUGAAGUAGAAAAGGCAUCUGAAUUAGUCAGACAAGACGAAAAAAUUGCAAGCGAACAAGCUAUAGUCGCUCAAAUUUUAAAAUCGGAAUGUGAAGCUGAGUUAGCUCAAGCUAUUCCGAUUCUAGAAGAUGCUAUUUCAGCCCUAAAUACAUUAAAACCAUCUGAUAUAACUUUAGUUAAAUCAAUGAAAAAUCCUCCUGAUGCUAUUAAACUAGUAAUGGCAGCUGUUUGCGUCAUAAAAGAUGUUAAGCCUGAUAGAAUACCAGAUCCUAGUACUGGAAGGAAAACCUACGACUAUUGGGGACCGAGCAAAAGAAUCCUCGGAGACAUGAAUUUUCUUCAGUCUCUUAAAGAUUUCGAUAAAGAUAACAUAAAACCUGAGAUCAUGGUCAAAAUAAGGAAGGAGUUUCUUCCUCACAAAGAUUUUAAACCACAUGUAGUGGCUAAAGCGUCUAGCGCUGCAGAAGGUCUUUGCAAAUGGAUAAUUGCAAUGGAUAUGUACGACAAGGUAGCUAAAGAAGUAGCGCCAAAAAAAGAGAAAUUAGGAAAAGCUGAGAAAGAAUAUGCAGAUACAAUGGCAAUUUUAAACGAGAAAAAAGAAGAGGUUAAAAGAAUUGAGGAAAAACUGGCAGGACUUAAUGCGUUAUUAGAAGAUGCUAAUAAAAAACAAGUGAAAUUACAGCUGGAAGUAGAUUUUUGUAAUAGAAAAUUAGCGAGCGCACAAAAGUUAAUUGGUAGUUUAGGCGAAGAGCAAAUCAGAUGGACAAAAGCAGUAGAAAAUCUAGAGAAACAGAAUGUUCUUGUUUUGGGUAAUAUUUUAUUAACUAUAGGCAUUGUAACUUAUCUUGCACCAAUUGACUUCGCUACACGAAGUCAUAUUACAGACAAGUGGCGCCUUCAUAUAUCAAAUUAUACUGAUUGUUCUAAAAGUUUUAAUAUAUCAGAAUCAUUUUCCUCCAAAUUAAAGAUUGGUAUGAGAAAACAAGGAGAUUUUCUUCGAGACGAUUUUUUUCUACAAAAUGUUUUAAUCUACGAUUUUUCCAAAUUAUUUUCAAUCUUUAUUGAUCCUGAUUAUCAUGCUAGCACCUGGAUCAGAAAAAUAGAACGCAGAAACAAUCUUACAAUUACAACAUUUUCCAAUAAAAACUUUUUAAGUAAAUUAACUAACUGUGUUAAAUUUGGAAAACCUCUAAUGAUCCAUCAAGUAAAAAAUCAUAUACCUACAUAUUUGCAUCAGUUUAUUUCUAAAGAUGGAUAUACGGAGGGUGAAAACGAUAACAAAAACACUUUCAUCUUUAUAAAUGGAAAGGCUGUUCUGCUGGAUUCUCGGUUUCGUUUAUAUUUUGUAUGCAACAUACAUCAGCCUAAUUUUUUUCUAGAAAUAUUUAAUAGAGUCACAGUUAUUAAUUUUAUUGUAACUUCUGAAUAUUUAAGAAAGCAUUUUUUAAGGAUAGUGACACAGAUUGAGAAGCCUGAAACGAGAAAGCUAAAAAAAGAAACAUACAAAAAAAUUAACAAUUUUGAAACAGAAAUCUUAAAAACGGAAAAUGAAAUUUUGGAGACACUAUGUGAAUCGGAAGCUGAUAUUUUAGAGGACGACGUGUCUAUAAGAAGCCUAGAGGAGUACAAGAUUGUGUUAAAGACGCUGAGAAAUAAACAUCAAGACGCUAGAUCUGCCGAAAAAACAAUACAAGAUUUCAUGAACCAAUAUCAGACAGUAGCAUCUUUUGUAGCUAAUAUGUACUUCUGUGUAUUCCAAUUAAAAUCAAUUAACCAUAUCUAUCAAUUUUCAUUCGACUGGUUUGAUCAUUUGUACUAUCAGUCUAUAAUAAACUCGGAAAAAUCGAAACUCGUUAAAAGAAAAUGCGAAAAUAUAAACAAAAAUUUUAUUUACCAGCUUUUUAAGCAAUUAAACUACUCUUUAUAUGAGAAAGAUAAGUUUCUUGUACUUUUAUUGGUAACUAUUUAUGUUUUAAGAUAUAAAAAGAAAAUUACCGAGGAAGAAAUUUUAAUUUUUCUUAAACAAUCAAAUUUUGGUACCAACGAAAUUACUGGAAAUAUAAUUAAUUGGGAAAUGGUAAAUGAACUUAAACAUAUUCCGGCAUUAUCUAAUUUUGUCUACGACAUUAGAAUACAUUUUGAUUUAUGGAAAAAAUACAUGUCAUCAGAAGCAACUUGUACUAUACCUGAACCAUGGGAGUCAAAGUUGACAUCUUUUCAAAAACUUAUUUUAGAAAAGUAUUUCAAGCCCAAAAACUUACAGCUUGGAAUUAAAAAUCUUAUUAGAUCUGAACUAGGAUCAAAAUUUGUAGAACACUUUCAGUGGACUAUUGAUGAUAUAUACAACGAGUCUUACAGUCUAUCACCUAUUUUACACUUACAAACAGAGGGCAAUGAUUUUAAUGAAAAUCUUUAUAUUCUCUUAGAAAAGAAAAAAGUAACUCACACUUUCCGUUCUUUUUGCAUAAGUGACCAUUCUUCAAGUCCUACAGAUUUAUUACUGGAAGAAGCACGCGAAAAAGGCUUUUGGUUGCUGUUUCAAAACUGCCAUCUCAAUAAGCGCUGGCUAGAAGAUUUGGAAACAAAACUAGUUCAAAUGAAUUACGAAAAUACCAAUGAAAACUUUCGAUUGUGGCUUACAGCAGAACCAACAAAAGAUAUACCGUUAGAAUUGUUACAAAAUAGUAUUAAAGUUGUAUAUAAUUAUCCAAAAUAUUUCAGUACUGGUUGUCCAGGAAAACAAGAAUUUUUUACAAAAUUUCUCUAUGGUCUUAUUUGUUUUCAUAGCGCUCUUAUAAAAAGAAGAUUUUAUGAUAAUCUCUUUUGGGAACCUUGCUACAAUAUAAACGAAAAUGAUCUAAAAAUGUCAAUAAAGUUGUUGCAAUUAUCAAUCAAUGAAGCGCACUUUUCCCACUCAGAUAUAGAAAAAUCGAUAUUUCUAAUAGGAAAUUACCAGUAUGGAACUCAACUGAAUACCAUUUAUGAAUUAAAUGUAUUUAAUAACAUAUUAAAUGGAUUUCUAAAUUCAGAAAUAAUGAGAAGUAAAAACUACUUCCUGGGAAAUGUCAGGGAAUAUGGUUUACCAAAGAAAUGUGACUAUUCUGACUACCUGAAACUUGUUCGAAAUCUUCCAGAAUUUGAUAACUAUGAGAUUUACGGUAUUAGUGAAACCUUAGAGUCUCUAUACAGUGACUCAUGUUCUAAAACUAUAAUUCAGGUACUAUCAAAUACUAUUUGCAUUAGUGAAGUGGAACAAAUUGAACAGAAUGACUUUAAAAUAAUAUCUGAUGUAGAUCGAAUGUUAAUGUACCUACCUGAACAAAUUGUCUUAGUAUCGUAUUCAGAUUAUGUUAUAGAAAACGAAGUAAAAACAUAUAAUAACAUUAACAGAAAUUUAAGAGAAACUCUUGUUUUAGUGAAACAAAGCCUGAGUGGAUUAAAGCCUUUAACUGUUGAGUUAGAAAAUAUUUCUCUUCAAAUUUUACGAGGAAAUGUACCAAACACAUGGAAAAAAUGGACUUACUUUGGAAAUAGUUCUUUAUCAGAAUUUAUCACCAAUCUAGUACUGAGAAUAAAUUAUUUUAAAAACCUUACACAUAAUAACACUUAUUGGUUAGCUGCUUUUUUAUACCCGAAAGCCCUAUUUUGCAAAAUUAAGUUAAAUUUUUCAUUAAAAUAUUUAAUACCAGUAGAACGCCUUUGUUUAAAUUUUGGGUUAUUAAGGGAUUGCGAAAAUUCUACAGAGGGAAUUAAAAUAACCGGCCUUUCCGUAAUAAAUGCGGAAUGGGAUGCUGAAGAUCAAUGCUUCUAUGAAAUUUCAUCGAAGUUUUACAAUUCGUUUUCUUCUAUUUUACUAACGCCUAAUAAUAAUGACAAAUCGUCGAAAAUAUCUAAAUUAUAUGAGCUUCCUUUAUAUCAAAUGAGCGACAUGAAACUCUUUAUAUGUUGUAUUAAGUUACAAUUCCUGCAGAGAUACAAACAUUGGCUCAAACGAGGUGUUAGAAUAGUAUCGCAUGUGUGUUUAACAGAGGCAGAUUCGGCAAACAACAUUAAGAUUAAAAAUGUUGCUCUUGAAACUCAAUACAUGUAA